AUGCAGUACACGCUCUUCUCACACAAGGGGCAGCCUGUCAACGCUGUCCUGUGUGGCUUAAUGGUUCGUCCGUCCACGUCUGAGGACUUUGUGUCAGGAUUGAGUUGGGCGUGUUACAGGUAACAGCUUUCGUCUGGCUGGUUGCAGACAUCACGCAAGGCUUUGUGUGAUGCAGAUGCGGCCUCGUGAUGGAUCACCCCGACAGAUUUGAAGAAACAAAGGACAGCGUCCCCUCUCCUACCCCAUGUUCGGAAGGUUCUGACAGUGACCUUCACGGCGCCUGUGUCCCUCUAGGUCCUCCUCAACGUACAUCCAGUUCUGACAGUGACCACCACGGCGCCUGUGUCCCUCUAGGUCCUCCUCAACGUACAUCCAGUUCUGACAGUGACCUCCACGUCGCCUGUGUCCCUCUAGGUCCUCCUCAACGUACAUCCAGUUCUGACAGUGACCUCCACGUCGCCCGUGUUCCACCAGUCCCUCUUCAACGUACAUCCAGUUCUGACAGUGACCACCACGGCGCCUGUGUCCCCCCAGUUCCUCCUCAACGUACAUCCAGUUCUGACAGUGACCUUCACGGCGCCUGUGUCCUUCCAGUUCCUCCUCAACGUACAUCCAGUUCUGACAGUGACCACCACGGCGCCUGUGUCCCUCUAGGUCCUCCUCAACGUACAGCCAGUUCUGACAGUGACCUCCACGGCGCCUGUGUCCCUCUAGGUCCUCCUCAACGUACAUCCAGUUCUGACAGUGACUUCCACGUCGCCCGUGUUCCACCAGUCCCUCUUCAACGUACAUCCAGUUCUGACAGUGACCUCCACGUCGCCCGUGUUCCACCAGUACCUCUUCAACGUACAUCCAGUUCUGACAGUGACCACCACGGCGCCUGUGUCCCCCCAGUUCCUCCUCAACGUACAUCCAGUUCUGACAGUGACCACCACGGCGUCUGUGUCCCCCCAGUUCCUCCUCAACGUACAGCCAGUUCUGACAGUGACCACCACGGCGCCUGUGUUCAACUAGUUCGUCCUCAACGUACAUCCAGUUCUGACAGUGACCACCACGGCGCCUGUGUUCCACUAGUUCGUCCUCAACGUACAUCCAGUUCUGACAGUGACCACCACGGCGCCUGUGUUCCACUAGUUCCUCCUCAACGUACAGCCAGUUCUGACAGUGACCUCCACGGCGCCUGUGUCCCUCCAGUUCCUCCUCAACGUACAUCCAGUUCUGACAGUGACCACCACGUCGCCUGUGUUCAACCAGUUCGUCCUCAACGUACAUCCAGUUCUGACAGUGACUUCCACGGCGCCUGUGUCCUUCCAGUUCCUCCUCAACGUACAUCCAGUUCUGACAGUGACCACCACGGCGCCUGUGUUCAACCAGUUCGUCCUCAACGUACAUCCAGUUCUGACAGUGACCACCACGGCGCCUGUGUUCCACUAGUUCCUCCUCAACGUACAUCCAGUUCUGACAGUGACCUCCACGGCGCCUGUGUCCCUCCAGUUCCUCCUCAACGUACAGCCAGUUCUGACAGUGACCACCACGUCGCCUUUAUCCCACCAGUUCUUCCUCAACGUACAGCCAGUUCUGACAGUGACCUCCACGGCGCCUGUGUCCCUCCAGUUCCUCCUCAACGUACAGCCAGUUCUGACAGUGACCUCCACGGCGCCUGUGUCCCUCCAGUUCCUCCUCAACAACGGGCAAGUUGCAGCAAGUGCAGCACUUGCUGUCUGGUGGCCAAGCGGAUGUCAACGCUGAAGGAAAGGACGGCAGGACGCCGGUGA